AUGGCCGGAAAGAAGGGCGGCGAAAACAGCAAGAAGGCUGCCGGUCAGGCCCGCAAGGCCGAGGCUGCCGCCGGCAAGGCCGCUGCCGAGAACGCCCGCAAGGACGCCGCAGAGGAUACUAAGUGGAACAAGGGAUCCAAGGACGACUCCAAGAGGGAAGCCGAAGCCGCCAAGAAGGCCGAGCAGGCGCGCAAGAAGGCCGAGCUGAAAGCACUCGAGGCGGAAGAGGCCAAGAGCCUGCCCGACAAGGCGCCCAAGAAGAACAAGACGGCCGAGAAGAAGACGAACCGGGGCCUCGAUCUAUCACAAUUCGACGACGACAACAAGGGGUCUGCGCUCAACGCCUCGGGCAUCGACAACGCCCUGGACGCGCUGUCGAUCACGGGCGGCUCGAACGACAAGAUCGACCGGCACCCGGAGAGGCGGUUCAAGGCCGCCUAUGCGGCUUUCGAGGAGCGGCGGCUGGCGGAGAUGGAUGCCGACGGCAGCGGUGCGGGCUUACGCCUGAACCAGCGCAAGGAUAAGCUGCGUAAGGAAUUUGAGAAGAGCCCAGAGAACCCGUUCAACCAGGUCAGCGCCGCGUACAACGCGAGCAAGGGCGAGCUGGCAGAGCUCAAGGACAAGGAGAAGGCCAAGAUUGAGGGUCGUUUGCGGUGAAACGGAGGAGGAGGAGGAGGAGGAGGAGGGAGUAGCAGUGCGAGAUGAACACAGGCCCGGCGUCCCUCUUUCCGUGUUUGCAAAUCUGCAUCUUGACAGCCAUUUACGGCGUGGACUGGGGGAGAUGUGACAAUACUGCUGAGCUGGCCGUGAUCGGUAUCGACUUCCGACUCAUGUUGUCGCCAUCAGACUUACUCGGCCCGGCGUAUAGUAUAGGUUGGUUCGAUCAUCACGGCUACACGAAAGGCUAAACACCGGACGAGAUAUGAAGAGGUCCCUGGAAUUCUUCAGGCCAGGCUAGGAAUGAUGAGAGAAUUGGUCACAGGGUCACAAUCCUGGGCAGCAGAAUGUGAAUACAUUUUCUGCAGCUAUGCCGCGAUAAAACUCAUGUGGUCAAGGUACCGAAUAGAUCUGUUUUUCUUCCGCUAAAUAAGAC